AUGGACUCGUUAUUGGCUCUAGUGAAUAAUGAUUUUCGUGUCUUAUUAGGCGUAGCUUUAGUAGCAGGAACGACCAUUUUGAUCUUAAUAUCAAAUUUCAAGCCUCGUCAUGUGACACCCAUUACAUUACAAGCCCCUGCGAAUAUUGGUGAUUCACCCCCGACGGUACAUCUUCCACUCAUUGAAAAGGAGAUUCUGUCACAUGAUACACGUCGUUUUCGUUUUGCUCUUCCUUCACCAUUGCAUGUAUUGGGCUUACCAGUAGGUCAACAUAUUUCACUUCGGUUUACUGAUGAGGCUGGUAAAUUGGUCAUGCGGUCGUAUACACCUGUGAGUUCGGAUGAUACGAAAGGAUAUGUUGAUUUGGUGAUUAAGGUGUACUUUAAAAACGUUCACCCAAAAUUCCCUGAUGGUGGAAAAAUGAGUCAAUACUUGGAAAACUUGGCUAUUCGUGAUACCAUUGAGGUGUCUGGACCCAAGGGCAAAUUAACGUACAUGGGUAAGGGUGAAAUCCACAUUAAACAUCGUGUACGUGAUGUGGUGCCUGAGAUUCGAAAGAGCUCCAAGAUUGGCAUGAUUGCCGGAGGAACGGGUAUCACCCCUAUGUUGCAGGUAGUACGUCGUGCUCUGCAAGACCCCGAGGACAAGACGGAGUUUUACUUGCUCUUUGCUAACCAGACAGAGGCCGAUAUCUUGUGUCGUGACGAAAUUGAAGCAAUGGCGGCAAAGCAUGACAAUGUCAAAUUCUGGUACACUGUGGAUCGAGCUGAGGAAGCAUGGAAGUAUUCCAAGGGCUUUGUGUCCGCCGAAAUGAUCAAGAAACACUUGCCAGCGGCUGCAUCGGACGUGCAAAUUCUCAUGUGCGGCCCGCCCCCGAUGCUAAAGUUUGCGGUGCUACCGGCACUUGAGGAGCUGGGAUUCACGCCGGACCAACACUUUAGCUUCUAA